CACUUGCAAUGGAACAUCCUGCCGUCUAGGUGACCUGCUGUUUGUAAAUGUUAAUAUGUCUUGGCUGGAGGCCCUGCAGUACUGUGAGCAGAGGGGCUCCAGGCUGGUCCACAUCCUGGACGAUGCCACCCAGACCCGGGUCACCCAGCUGCUGAGCUCCCUGCUGGCUGAUCUCCUCCCCGUGCCCACGGCCUGGGUGGGGCUGGAGCGCUGCAUGAUCAACCCCAGUGCACCAUGGGAGUGGGUUGAGACUGGGGUGGUCGAGUACAAACGUUGGCAUGACGACCACCCACGGGACUGCUGCAACUACCACUGUGGCCAGGUGGUGCAGAUGCCCACAGGGGACUACAGGUGGUGGGACGCCUGCUGCAUGGAGGAACGCCCCUUCAUCUGUCAGGUGAGCCGCAAGACACGCCCAUUCAUCUGUCAGGUGAGCAGCAAGACACGCCCCUUCAUCUGUCAGGUGAGCAGCAAGACAUGCACCUUUACCUGUCAGGUGAGCAGCAAGACACGCCCCUUCAUCUGUCAGGUGAGCAGCAAGACACGCCCAUUUAACUUUCAGGUGAGCAGCAAGACACGCCCCUUCAUCUGUCAGGACGAGACUAGCGACAGCAACCUCCUCACUCCAGCAGAGGGGGCUGGAGACUCAGAGGGGUGCUACCAUCGCCUGCUGUGACCUCCUCACUCCAGCAGAGGGGGCUGGAGACUCAGAGG